GAGAAGGAGGAGGAGGGCGGCGGCGACGGCAGCAGCAGCGGCCCAGAGAAGGAACUACUGUAAGAGUUAAGCAAGUCCUGCCCAGCUGUUUGCGAACUUUUAAGAUUUCCUGUUUCCCCUGCAGGCAGGGCUGAAGCGAAGGGGAGUGAGUCACACGCACUCCCAGGACUCGCAGUCGAGCUGCAGCUGCUCUGGCUGCCUCCGCCGGGGCCUCUCCCUCUGUCCCCACACCACAGUCACUUUGCCGCCCCCUCCCUUGAAUCCUGCCCGCCUCCCUUCGCCACCGCAGAGGAGCUUUGGCUCCCCUCCAUGAGCUGCUGUCGCCUCUGAGCUGCAGCGACCGGAUUUACAAUGAGCUCGAUCCCCAAGCACGUUUUGGUGUGGACGCUCCUGAACAGCAUCGCUCACCCGCUGGUUCGGGGUACAGCUGAAGGUCAUGCUGCAGAACUGAUCAGUGGAGGAAUAAAGUUGCCAGCACUUUGCAAGUUUUGUGAUGUUAAAUCAACAAGCUGCACAUAUGAAGGCUUUUGCAUGAGUGGCUGCAACAUCACUUCGAUCUGUGAGAAUGUGAAUGAAGUAUGUGCAGCAGUGUGGAGAAAGAAUGAUGAAAACAUAACCUUGGAAACCAUAUGUCAUGAUCCCAAACAAGAGCUCCAUGGGCACAAACUGGAGGACUACAAUUCAGAUAAAUGUAUGAUGAAAGAAAUGAAGGAAGAAGGUGGAAUGCUGUUUAUGUGUUCCUGCAAUGCAGAGGAAUGCAAUGAUAAAGUUAUUUUUUCAGAAAAUAAGUCCUCAAGCUUAAGUCCUCAAGAUGUUAUAUGUAAAGUUGCAGUAAUCAGUCUUGUCCCGUUGCUUGUGAUUGCCGUUGCCGUGAUCCUUAUCUUUUACUGUUACCGUAUUCAGAGGAGGAGGCAGCUCAACAAGGCAUGGGAGAAGAAUGUGAAGUCCAAGAAACAUAAAGACUGUAGUGAUGGCUGUGCUAUUAUGAUGGACGAUGACCGCUCGGAUAUCAGUUCCACUUGUGCCAACAAUAUUAACCAUAAUACUGAACUGCUGCCCAUUGAGCUGGACAUUCUUGUGGGGAAAGGGCGAUUUGCUGAAGUCUAUAAGGCUAAACUGAAGCAAAACACAUCGGAACAGUUUGAAACCGUGGCUGUCAAAAUCUUCUCCUAUGAAGAAUAUGCUUCCUGGAAGACAGAGAAAGACAUUUUCUCUGACAUAAACCUGAAACAUGAGAAUAUCCUACAGUUCCUGACAGCAGAGGAGCGCAAGACUGAUCUUGGGAAACAGUACUGGCUGAUCACAGCCUUCCACUCCAGGGGCAACUUGCAGGAAUACCUCAUAAAACACAUCAUUAGCUGGGAGGACCUCUGGAAACUGGGUGGAUCUUUGGCCCGAGGGAUUGCCCACCUUCACAGUGACCACACACCUUGUGGCCGACCCAAAACACCUAUUGUCCACAGAGACCUAAAGAGCUCCAAUAUCCUGGUGAAAAAUGACUUAACCUGCUGCCUCUGUGACUUUGGGCUGUCGCUGAGGCUGGAUCCUACUCUCUCUGUAGACGACUUGGCUAAUAGUGGGCAGGUUGGCACAGCAAGGUACAUGGCUCCUGAAGUCCUGGAAUCCAGAAUGAACUUGGAUAACGUUGAAUCCUUCAAGCAGACUGAUGUGUAUUCCAUGGCUUUGGUUCUGUGGGAAAUGACCUCUCGCUGCAACGGUGUUGGAGAGGUGAAAGACUACGAGCCACCAUUUGGCUCCAAAGUACGGGAACACCCAUGUGUGGAAAGCAUGAAGGACAAUGUUUUGCGGGACAGAGGGCGACCGGAGAUCCCAAACUCCUGGCUGAACCAUCAGGGCAUCCAGAAGGUGUGUGAGACUCUUGUUGAGUGUUGGGACCAUGACCCUGAGGCCCGGCUUACUGCGCAGUGCGUAGCUGAGCGAUUCAAUGAUCUCGAAUACCAGGACAGACUGUCGGGGAGAAGCAGUUCGGAGGAGAAGAUUCCUGAGGAUGGCUCUGUGAACAGUGCCAAGUAAAGACCAGCAAGGCGAAAAUUGCAUGACAGAGAAAUAGCUGCUUUUGGGUUUGUGCACAAGUUUGGAACAAGAAGAGGUCCUGAGUUUUGGAUGUACUUCCUGCGGCACUGAGGAUCCCACCUCUUCCUCUACGUUGCAGCUCCUGAGCAAGAUAUUACUUCUGUAAGGUAGCCAUGAUGGGGCAAUGUGUCAUGUCAUUGGAGUGACUGCCUUGACCAUGUCAUAGGAUAAGCUAUGUUGGUGCUUCCUCGGAAAAUGAGAUUGUACAAAAUGCCAAUAAUGUUUGCACUUUAUCAAUGCCUGUAACUAUGGAAGAAAAUUUUUGUGUGUGUUAAUACAUGUGCACGUACACACACACACACCCUGCAAAGAUCUGCAAAGAUUCUUCCAGGAAACUCAUAAUAGGAAAACCCUAAAAGGGAUUGUUAACAUGUCAGCUGUGAUAUCAGCAGCAAGUGCCUUAUCUGCCCCCACCCCACCCCAAACCAACCGUGCAUCGCUGCACUACCUUUUUAAAUCAAAGGACAAGAAAAAACCCCUGUCCACUGACCAGGGCUGGCCAUGCUAGAGCCCAUUUUAACACAUUGUUGUAACUAUGUAAUGGUGGUUCAGCUGGUUCCUGAAUGUGUUUUUUUAAAAAAAUAAUAUGUAGGUUCAGUGGACCAUUGCUGCUCUGAUUUCCAUGCAGACUUCACAGAACCCUUUUUGUCUUGUCAUGCCUAUAGAAAGGAAAGGCUAACGUAUCCCCUCCCUUUCUCUGAACUUGCACUUCAUGUCAGCAGCCUGCUUACUGUGAGAGAAGAAUGGGUUUCCCAGCCCCCCACUCUAUGAAAUCAGGCAGGGACUCUUAUAGCUGAAACAGAUGUUUUGCAUUUGCUGUGCCUUUGGAUGUGAAGUCGGGCUCCCUCCCUCCUUUCUGGGAUCAGUAACAUCAUGUCUAGCUUCUUGAGCCCUUAAGUGCGCAUUUGAUUUCAUGCCCAGUGCAAAAGGAGGGCUAGCACAAGAAUCCCUUCCAAAGUGUCUGGAUUUCUGUGAUGCUGUGGAAAAGCUUUGCCACACACUACUAGCAAGCAUCAGCAUCAUGAUCAGUCCUCCUCCGUGUGUGCUGUAGCCUAUCUGCAGCCCGUUCGGAACUGCUGGCAAUAAGAGUACAUUCCUCCACGGGUCCCCCCAGGCAUGGCUUACAUUCUUUUAGUCUUCCAAAAUAUUUAGAUUUGGAGCUGGCUCUUGAGGAAUUUUAAAUGAUGGCAUUUCAGCAGUCGGACUUCAUUUGCUCGAUCAUCCUAUCCCCCUCUGCACUGUGGAGUUUGUGUCGGGUCCGAGGACCAGGAAGUCUGACUUCAGAUGCCAUCUACGCCUCAUUUUCAAACCAGAGACCAGGAAUUUUACUCUGGUACAUUGUAAGUUGCUCCAUACCAGAAACAAUCCUGCAGAGUGAAAAGAUGUAUAUAAAGUGCAAUCCUAAAUUGUUUUAUCAUUCAGGACACUGUUGUUUUUCUAGGAAUUGUUGCUUUGUGUAUCCAAUAGGAGCAGGGGGAGCAUAUUUCACAUAGGAGUUAAAGUUUUAUGGUGAAAAUAUUUAUUUUUAAAAAAAAGCUUUUUGCAUCUGCUUUUAUAUUAAAAAUAUUUUUGAAAUAUUUAAGCAUUAAGUGGGACAGAUGCUUAACAGUUAAAACGGAAUUCAGGCCAUACUGUCAACUUAGUAGCAACAAACUAUGUACUGAACUGGGGAGCUACUGGCAAGGCAAAAGUAUACUGGGAUAAGGUUUCCAAUCAGAGUUGGGAUCUAGUGUCCUCUAGUGGUGACUUUCCAGGGUAGCAUCCUAGAAAAAAGCUGCAUAGGAGAGAAUGAGGAGCUUUAUCACAAACUGGAACUGAGGGUGUGUCUGUGCAGCAAAUUUAACAUUUAAAUCUCAUGCACACUUACCUUGGAACAAGCUCCUUUAAAUACAGUGGCUCAAAAACCGGGCUUCAUACCACUGAUUUUAAAACUUGGUCUUCACAAGCUGGUGAGACUUGGAUUUCCUGGGAACUUUGGGAAUCAUAGUUUUGUGAAGGCACAAACUAGAACACUUUCCAGAGUUCCUUGGUAGACAGCUGUAACAAGCAGUUCGAACCUGGCUUGAAUGUUCAGUGGACAUGUGCCCUGGGUAUACACUCUGAAACUGUAUCAUGAGAGAACAUCCAGUAGCUCCUGGCAACUCUUUUAACAUUUUGUACUAUUACACUUAAAGGGGAUUUCUCAGCUCUUCAAUGAAACACUUUCACUGUACAUGUAUGAACAUUGGAAUCUGAACAUAUACCCUUGUUUAUCAGAUGUUUCAAGCACUUACCAUAUUUUUGUAUAAUAAACUGUUUUAGAUCAAACAAAUCAUAA